AUGAAUGACAUCUCCGAUCACCCCAGCCCCAGAAGUCUCAAGAAGGCCGACUUUGACAAUGUUCACCACACUAUGAAAGCCAGCGUGUCCGGAGCCAUUAACCUUCCCGCAAAUCUCCGAGCUCAGAUUGCAAAGGGCGUCACAAAUGGCAUUACCGAAGCUGAGUCGAAUGGGCACUGCUCUAAAUUGUCAGAGAUGGACAGGGACACCUUUACUAAGAUUAUUCUUGGCACCAUCACGACUCAGACAACCGCCGGAGCGCCAGAUACAGACAUUCACGCCAAGCUCAUGGCGCAAAUGCCUGAUACCGCAGCAGAUAAUCGUCUCAUUGCUGUUGUCAAUGGUACCAAUAUUGUAGAGAUCAAAUCAUCCUCAGCCAACAUCAUCCUCAAUAUUGUACACCAGGCGAGCGUGAAUAUAAUGGAAGGAAGGGACUCCCGAUAUUUGGGAGAGGCUAUCUCGGUUUUGCUUGAAGCUUACUUCUCCAACGACUGGUUCAAAGGCUCAGUGCGACUAUCUACCGCAAGUUUGUUAGACCGUGGCGAUGUCAAAGUUGUUGCCGACGCAGAGCACCGCGAAGACCUCGACCGACUCAUCCAGUCAACAGCAUGGCAUGAAGAGGUUGAGGAGAAGUCUGGGUCCCUUGCCAAAACAAACCUAUAA